AUUCAGGACAACAACGCUGAUUUGUUUUGAAAUUGAACGGGUUGCUAGCAUUUGCGCCUGAUCAAGAUCUGGUCUCGAACUCGAAAGCCAACUUAAAAUUUUGAGCGCUAUCCAGAGACCGUGACCGUGAUGUUGUGAGUUUGAAUUGCCCUGAGUUUGUGAGCAGAGAUGCAUCAUUCUCGCCACCAUGCACCACUACUUUCUUGAUGAAGUUGAGCACAACUGACUCUUCUGAGGACCAAACAUGUGCCUGAAGCCAAAAGAUUCCACCAUGGUGCUGGCUGAUAAGAUUAUGGGUGAACUACAGCAGGUCAUGAACAAAGAAGCAUCCUUCACUACUGGUGGAAACCUGAAAGAACUAAACAAUUUCAUCAAUGCUUUGCAGGCUCCGGAAGAGUAUGACCGCUACACCGACAUCCGGGUGGCCUGUGUCCACUACAUCCGCUGCCCACACGUGUUCUUCAAGACCAAGUCAGACACGUUCGCCAUCGCGGUGCAGAUCCUCGAUAUCAUUCUGUGGAAGUUCAAGGUGAUCCCCAGCCCUCACGACCUGGCCCAGCUGCCGGGCCACGAGUGGACGCGCCACGACCUGUGCCGCAUGGAGCUGUACAUCCUGGACAAGCUGUCCUGGGCGCCGCCCCGCAUCACCUACCUCAGCUACCUGCCCGUGCUCGCACAACUCUUUGAUCUCAACCAGAACGCCGUGCUGUCGCCCCCCAUCGUGGUCCUGGCAGAGCGCUGUCUCAAAUCCAAGUCCACCGUGCUCAUGCCGCCUUGUUCCCUGGCCCUGGCCCUGGUGCUGCACCUCACUGGGAGCCCUCACGACAGUCUGACCGAGGAGAAGCAGUUUCAAGUCAUGAAGUUCUGCAAGAUCGAGGAACCAACACUGAAGAGAUGUGUGGAGAAACUGGCUGUCCUGUCGUCAUCUGCCUAUCCACCACUGCCAUCGGAAAGCUUCAGAACUGGGGUGACUUUCCCUUUAAAGAUUUUCAACAAGCCCAGUGAGAUGGGCAGCCCUGAGCUGGCUACCAUACACGAGUGACGUGGCCAGAUGUUGGUGGAUGUGGAUAGACUUUCAUUCCAUUUGUGUGUUUGCUCAUACUUGUGUGCAUGUCUGUUUGGCAGGGUUUGCCAUUACUCUGCAAGUGUGUGUGUGUGUGUGUGUGUGUGUGUGUGUUUGAGUGUAUGCGUGUUCAUGCAUGUGUACAUAUUCAUAAUAAAGGUUGUUGUCUUUUAAAGAAUAUGUGGAUCAUUGAGUGAAAAUUUGUGUGUGUGUGUGUGGGCAAGUGCAUGCUCAUUAGUUAAUGUCAGGAGUUUUUGAAAGGUGGUCAUGAAAAGAGUGAAAAUUUCGCAUGCCUUUGUUUGUAUGGGUCACUUCGAGUGAAUAGGAAAUUUGAAGGCAACAUUUUCUCCUGAAUGCAUUAAAUUAAUGUAGUCUUGCUAAUGAACAACUGGCAAGACAAAAUGGCAAUGUACAUACAUUUUGGCAGCUUUUUAAAGGAAUAUAUUUAGGUAGACGGCUCUUUGUCUCUCUGAGAGUAGCCAUUUCAGCUGUGUUUAAUUUCUCCCCUUUUCUUUUGAUCUGAAGUAUGACAAUGAAACUUUGAAUUCCUGUUUCAAACCUUCCUUUGUUAUUUUUUAUACAAAAAUAUUUUUGGGGAGGAUAUUUUCAAUUCCUGUCAAUGUCAGCAAAAGGAAGGUACUUUCAGGUUCUUUGGUUUGUAAUUUAUUUGUUCUAUGGUGUGGAUACGUUUUUGAAGCUUGUGUUUUUGUUGUUGGUGGUGUUCCUGUCUGUUUAUAAGCGCACAAUGACUGUUAUCAUAUCAGCCUACAUCUCUUUAUCACCAAAACUCUGUUCAACUUCUCUCAUAUCAUUGAUGUUCAGUGGAGCUCGGCUGGACUGAGACACAAAAAUCAAAGCCCUGUUUUGAAGCAAUGUUGUUUGUAGAAUAUCAUAUUAAAGGUGUUAAACUUGUUAUUAUAAUAUUGCACGUUUUAUCCUGGGCUUUGUGGAAAAGGACUUUGUGUCCUUAGGAAAGUUUAUCACCUCAGUUUCCUCAAUUUCCAAUGCUCAAAUCAGACUCUUUGUUUUAAGACUCUGCCUUAAACCAUUUUGAGAAGUGUCGUAUGACGGAGCUUUACACUGAGCGAUCAAAAUGAGUUCUUGGCUUUUGAUAGGGAUGGAGAUGUAAGUGGUAGAAUUGGAAUGUAUUAAAGGCUACCAUGUGGUAUGUCCUCAGGGAGUGAGAUGAAGUGUGAAUGAAUUAACCAGCUCAGGUGUUACGGAGAAUUUGUGCGAGUUUUGGAUCAGAUGAGAUACUAGAGUCUUAACAUUUUGUGGUAACUUUUACUUAACAUUUCUUUGAAUGAAUGACGUUGGGUUGUUAGAAAGGUACUUUGUUGUAUUUUGAUUAAGUUACAUCUUCUAUAGGCCUAUCUAGAUUCUAAAAUUUGUCGAUUAAUUAUCCCCAAGAUUUGAACUGAUGCACACGUUGUGCCUGUAUGUGUAAUGUACAUUAUGCACUUGAUGUGCAUGUAUGUUUGUUAAGAGAGUGAAAGAAAGUUGGAUUCAGAGACAUAUAUUUAUCAAACUUACAGACAUCAAGGAAUGGAAGCUUAUUUAAAUUUUUGAAAUCCUUUCCCAGAAAGAAUUUCUGGAAACAUAAAUCUGUUUCACUCUCUUUUUGCAGUUAUUUAAGAUUAUAAAAUGUGGUGAACAAAGUUAAUGAGAGUAAUCAAUUUUUGUAUCCUGAAUGUCCGUAAGAGAUCUGGUAAUGUACAAAUUUGCAGUGACAUCAGCUUCUUAUGAAAGCAUUAACAAUGUAUGUGCAAUAAUUUUGUUGUAAGUUUGAUGACAGCUGACAGCCUUGUCACUGGUUAUAAAGAAGAAUAUCUCACUCUGGCUGAGUGAGUACGUACAAUCUUAGGUUGGUGAGUACGUACAAUCUUAGGUUGAACCCAUGUAUGUGAUGUACUUAAAAGAAUAAACUGUGUUACGCAACCUAAUUACAUACAUGCUAGCGAGCAUUCCCAGUAUAGCAAUCAUAUGUUUUGUUCAGGCGAAUGUAUGACAUCAUAGUCUACUGGUUGCAUUUUCCUGUGUUUACUUGAUGGCACUGAUAGUGAUGACCAUAUUUGUGCAAUAUUUGUCAUAAGUCCUGUCUUCCCGGAUCCAUACAUUAUUAAAUUUAGUAAUAUAUUAUACCUGAUACACAUCAUAAACCUUAUAGUUGAAUCUGUCUCCAAAAGGUGUUAAACAAUAUUACACUUUCAGCUAAUAAGAAGAAAGAUUAUUAUUCAAAGAGAGUGCAUAGUGCAAUAGUAUGAUGAAUUGUGCGUGAUAUGGAUUGAGAAUACAAGUGUGCGACAAUGACUAAUACUUUUCUUACUUUGCAGCCUGUUACGGUGCUGGAAUUUCUGUACCCUCUAUGCACAAAGACACACCAUUCUUGUCGCAUAACUGUCUUUCCAAGAAUAAAUAUAUGUAGAAAGGGAUAACGAAUUGUAAUUGAUGCUCAUCCCUUUGCAAGCCUGAGAUACUUUUGUUCAAAGGUUCCCAUAAAACCAAUGGCUGUCAGGUCCAAGAUGAGUUUGUUGACUUCAGAAAAACAAAACUUGCAGCUAUUUUUUUUCUUUGUCAGCCCUUACAAUAUUUGAAAUGCACCUAGAAACUGAUUUUUUGGGGGUUAAUGUCUGCAUGUCUUAUGAAAAAAAAUGUUAAUAACCCUUAAACUUAUGUUUGGUGGCUUUUUUUUAUGUUAACGAAUAGUUGUCAGAACAUUAAAACAAAAGUGCACUAAAACCUUGUGGCUCAAAGUAUAAUAAUAUAUUAUACACUCUUAAUAAGACAUUUGUGUCAGUUAUCUCCCCUCUUUUAACUUUAGUACUGAAGGUGUAGGCACUCAUCAUUAUGAUUCCAAUGAACUUGAGAGUCCUGUUCCAGAAUUUAGAAAAAAAACAACUUUUGUUGUACUGUAAAAAGUCUUGACUUUAGGGCGGUGGUGAAUCGAUAAAUUUGGCAUGGAGCAGUACUCAGGCCUUGUGGCUGAUGCUGGAAUCAUUUCCUUAACUGAUAUCGUUGUUUUGGAGCAAUCAUGCAUGGCUAAACCAUUUGAUAAAGACGUACUUCUGAUUAAUAGAUUGCCUUCUAAAAUGAAAGUAAAGACUGGCCAUGCGUUCUAUUCCGUCAAAUGUUUGAAGUGUAGCGUAGUGGUCGCUUCCUAGCCUUGGAUGAAAUGGCUUGUUUCUGACUACGAAUCCGUUAAUUUACUCUGUUAAAUGAAUAAUAAUAAUGAUAGUAAUAAUUUUGAAAAAUAGUAGUAAUAUAUAAUAAAUAGCAUUUGUAUAGCGCAAAUACUCACUCCACAACCUCUAUGGGCUUUACGAUCUACUUCAGUAUGAGUGCAGGUAUAGAAAGAAUCUUCAGUUGUGUUGGGGUAUUCUUUUUGUGGAGCCAAGACAGGCUGUAAAUUAGGCGUACCCUUUUUUCCUAUGAAUAAACUGAAUGUUUAGUGUGAAACUUCGCCAUAUACUAUUUUAAAAAGUGACGUCUUAAGAUGGAAUCUUACACUGAGCAGUCGAAAUCCAUUUUUGGGAUUAGAUCUGUGUUGUUGAUGAGAACGAAAUGUUCUUGAGAUAUUUUUAUACCAAUAUGUGUAAAGUUUGUAUAUAUUUAUUAAUUUAGUUAUUUUUUAAGGAACUAGGAUGGUAAAAUGCAUUUGGAAGUACGAGUAUUUGUCCCGCAAAGUCAGAAUGUUGCAUUCAGUUGGUUGGUGAAAAUUCUUAUGUGUGUGUUCUCCUCUUUUUAUUUCCAUAUAUUAUUUCUGUUGUUGAAGUAACGAUAUAUGUUUGUCAGUAGAAACUCUUGUGUUUUGGUACUCUUCUCUUUCUAUUUCUAUGUAUACUGUUUUUGUAGUUCCAAUAACGACCUAUGUCUCGGGCAGAACGUAGCUGUUAUCGUGGUGACUAGCAGUAAAGUACAGCCAAACA